UCACAUUUCCACCGAGUCAGUUCUGUGAGAAGUGUUGUGGCGUUUGGGUGCUUUUCGCUCGCGGUGCGCUCAUUUUGACAACCAAUCGAGAAUCAAACCUCAAAUCUCCAGUUUUUCUCGCGAAAAGUGGAAAAUCACACACAGUUGACUCCGCGUGCUGAGCCUCACAUCCAGAGAGUUCUAUGCACAGUGAAAUUCCCCAAUUGAGAAACACGCAGUUUCACAAGACAGAAAUUACGCGCUGUCCGUGAGGUGGAAAAGGCAGAAAUUGUGUAUUCUUGGAUACAACACUCUAUAUAACCAGAUAAAUUUCCGAGAUAAACACACACGUGAAAAGUGAUAAAAAGCAAAUGUAAAUGCGGUGGUAGUGAAGAGUCUCUCUGUUGCAACAUUUGUGGAGCCCUUUUCGGGGAAAAUAACAAGGAAAAAAAAAAAAGAAAAUCAGCCAGCAGAAAAUUCCCCCGCGAAGCUCGUGCUGAGCAAUCAAGAAGCCAAAACAGUCUAAUUUUUUAUGUGAAUCAAACAAUAUAUAUAUAGAAGUUUCUGCGCGAAAGUAUUUCCCGAUAAGAAGCCGGCGAGGGAGCGACAAUUCUACUGAAAGUAAAAUCGAUUUAUUUUCCAACCCCUCUUAAAAGCCCAACUAUACAUUUUGUGCACCCCAAAAUACAACACACCGCGCGCGUCUCCCGACAUUGCCGGGGGUUGGAAUUUCGGCUGUACACACACGCCUGGCAUUGUGACACGAGGGAAAAUCCUGGGUGGAAAUUGUUUUCUAUAUGUUGAGGAAAGCACUUCGACUCCGCAGCACACAUCGUCGCUGAGGUCACGAAGCAAAACCAGCAGCUUGACAGCAAAAUGUUGUUCUAAAUAGAUGCUCAACAACUGACUUACUCACUCGGCAAGAUGGAAGCACAGCCAGAAGAGGCGUAAGACCAGGAAGAGUAGCGCAGAAAUCCAUUAAAGGGAGAGCUUUAGAGGAAGUGAGACACGUGCAACUGACUGAGACUUUCUGAAGGAAAUCAAGGACUGAAGUAAUAGUAGUUGAGAGUGACGAAAGGACGUCAUUUGUAGCCACAAUGACGCUCCUUUGGACAGCGCUGAUAGCGAGUGUUCUGACGCUGCAAUGUCGGGCGUUUGGCGACAUGCACGCCAGUCCGGCGCCCGGGAUGCACCACAUGGGCUACAACAAGGAGCCCAAGUGCGAAGAGAUCACGAUUCCCAUGUGCCGCGGGAUAGGCUACAACAUGACAUCCUAUCCCAAUGAGAUGAACCACGAGAACCAGGACGACGCCGGACUGGAGGUGCACCAGUUCUGGCCUCUGGUGGAGAUCAACUGCUCGCCGGACCUGAAGUUCUUCCUCUGCUCCAAGUACGCGCCGAUCUGCCUGGAGGACUACCACAAGCCGCUGCCAGUGUGCCGGACGGUGUGUCAGCGCGCGAGAGACGGCUGCGAGCCCAUCAUGCAGAGGUACAGCUUCCCGUGGCCGGAGAGGAUGGCCUGCGAAAACCUGCCACUGUACGGCGACACGGACAACCUAUGCAUGGAGCAGCCGGACUACGUGAAUGCCGCCGAGAGUGAUCACAAGGAGGCGACGCCGAAGGCCACGAAGAAGCCAGCCACGCCGGCGCCGCAGACGCCGCCGCGCGAUGGCGGCAAAUGCAAGGGGAAGAAUUCAAAAAACUGCCAAAACACCCCAGGGGAAAGGACCACCAAGGAGUGCGGGUGCUGGUGUCGUCCGCCUCUGAUUCCCCUGGGGAAGGAGACUCUCUGGUACAACACAAGUGUCGCAAAGGUCGGAAGCGUGCCAAACUGCGCCAUCCCGUGCAAGGGGGCAUUCUUCACGCACGAAGAAAAGGAGUUCGCCGGCGUGUGGAUCGCCCUCUGGUCGGGACUCUGCUUCGUCAGUACAUUAAUGACACUCUCUACUUUUCUUAUCGACACCGAACGCUUCAAGUACCCUGAGCGGCCGAUUGUCUUCCUCUCCGCCUGCUACUUCAUGGUCUCCAUCGGCUACCUCACCAGGGUGUUCCUGGGACACGAGGAGGUGGCCUGCGACGGCCGGUCGAUCCGCUACACCGCCACCGGGCCGAGCAGCUGCACGCUCAUCUUCCUGCUGGUCUACUUCUUCGGCAUGGCGUCCUCCGUGUGGUGGGUGGUGCUCAGCUUCACGUGGUUCCUGUCCGCGGGACUCAAGUGGGGCAACGAGGCCAUCGCGAAGCACUCGCAGUACUUCCACAUGGCCGCCUGGCUCAUCCCCAGCGUGCAGAGCGUCGCCGUGCUGCUGCUGACCGCCGUGGACGGGGAUCCUGUGUCCGGCAUCUGCUACGUCGGCAACAUGUCCACCGAGAACCUGCGCACCUUCGUCCUGGCGCCGCUCUUCGUCUACCUCGUCGUGGGCACGACGUUCCUCAUGGCAGGCUUCGUGUCGCUCUUCCGCAUUCGCAGCGUGAUCAAGCAGGAAGGCGGCCUGGGCGCCGUGACGAAGGCCGACAAGCUGGAGAAGCUCAUGAUCCGCAUCGGGAUCUUCAGCGUGCUGUACACCGUGCCGGCCACCAUCGUGAUCGGCUGCUACCUGUACGAGGCGUCCUUCUUCGACGACUGGAUGACGGGCCUCACGUGUCCCUGCAUCAGCAUGGACAAGACCCGCGAGCGCCCCAUCUACUCCGUGCUCAUGCUCAAAUACUUCAUGGCGCUGGCCGUGGGCAUCACGUCGGGCGUGUGGAUCUGGUCCGGCAAGACGCUGGACUCCUGGCGCCGGCUCUGGCGGCGACUCUUCGGCUCGCCCGAUCGCAGCGGCGCCAACCAGACGCUGCUCAACAAGCGGCCGCCCAUCCCGCAGCCCUACGUGGGCUCGACACUGGGCCCGGGCAGCGCCACUGCGUCUCUGCUCACCACGCCCUACACCCAGGCGCCCGGCAGCGUGGCCUCCACCAGCCACCACCACCUGCACCACCACGUCCUCAAGCAGCCGACGCUGAGCCACGUAUGACCUGGCGACCUGGGCGGAAUGGCGCCGAUCGGCAGCGUGGCGUCCGUGCCCGUGCCCGGGUCAAUCGCGGACCCGCGCGCCGUGUCCGUGGUGGUGACGCUGCCGCAGCCGGGUCAGGCGCUCAGCGACUAUGGCCCCAUAUAGUUGACAGUGCGGCCCACAGAUCAGCAGAGGGCGCGCUGGGUCUCCAGCCAGUUCAGUCAUGUGUGAAAGGGCAGGGAAUGUUCGAAGGCUCUCUAGUCUCGUGUUUUGUAUGUAUAAUUUAUUUCAGCUUAUCGUCGCCACAGCGAAAGAUGCGGCCAGAAAAGUCUCGGACUCUCUGGUCUUCUGAGUCUUCCCUGGAUUGGGAUUGAAGAGAAAGAUGGCUUCCUUAGCGAUCGAAUAAGAAUCAGAAGAGCAAAAUAUCAAGUAGCAUCAGACUGUCUAUUAACAAUCGUCCGAAGAGUCAUAGGACAUUCUUUCAUGAGUCAGUUUGUCCUUUGACAACAAAGGAUUCUUUCUUCUAUCAUUUAAACUGAUAAUUUUUUAGUAAAUGUGACUCAAAAGAGGCCAUUUUGUCCGAGAAAAGCCGCUUUAUGUCUGUGGAGACCGAUAAAGAAUGUCAAGUAAGGAGGAAAAGUAAAGUAAAUGAUCAUGAUAAUGCGAUGAAACAUGUUCUUGUAAAUAAACCUAUAAAUAUACACACAUUCAUUGCAUAAGAAUUAAUAUCUAUAUACUUUGUAAGAAAUUUGAAAGGAAUACAAAUUGACGAAAGAGUUUUUGUGUAUAAAAGAAAAACGCCUACAAUUGCAGCUGCAACUUUUUUUUAAUUCCUCUGUUAAACCAGAAAAAUGGGGGAAUUUUUGAAAGAAUUUUUUUUCUAAAUAUUUAAAAAAAAAUGUCUGUAGUUUUUAAGUUUCUAACAAAUUUUCUAUGCAAGCAUUUUUUAUUUACACAAUAAGAGAAUAUUGAUGAAUAAAAAAUAGAAAAUCCAAAGACUGUUGUCCAUAUAAUUAAUUAGACAUUAACAUAGGCUUUAGAGAUAAAAGAUAUAAGAAGUGAAGAGAAAUAAGACGAUAGAUUUGACGUGAAACACAUGAAGAUUGAGAAAACAUUGAGUUUUUCUCCUUUUGAUGCCAUGUGAAAAUACUGCCAGGACAGAUUAGAAAUUUUCACUUUACACAAAGUUUAAAAAGAAAAAAAUGAAAGAAGAAGGUAAAAAUAAAACAUUAGUGAACAAACAAGAAUGCAAAACAUUGUCGUGAAAUUUUGAUUGAAGAAUUUCUUUUGAGAGAGAGAGAGAAAGAUAGAGAAAUUAGGUGCAUUUUCGAGAGAACUUUUAUACGUAAUUAGAUUUUAACUCAAUGUGAUUAACUUAUAUAAGUAAUAAAGUAAUGGAAAGAAAUUAAAGAACAAUACAGCAUUAAUAAAUUGAAUUGAAUGUGGUAGAGAACAAUUUUCGACGUCAUAUUUAUUCCAGAAUGAAGAAUGAAAUGAAAUAGCAAUAAUAAGCAUUUUGUAGUCAAUCAAAUUGAAUUUCUCUCGAUAUGACAUGGAUCUUUGCAUGGAAAUAAUCUCACAUAUCAGCCAAUCUAUUCUCAUUUCUUAAACCCCAAAAAUAUGCCACACAAUGUUGAAAACAAUGCGAGUUGCAAUGGAAAUAGAAUCUGCCAUAAAUGUGCCAUUUUUAUUUAUCAUACUGUCAUCUUUCUUAUACACGAAUAGACAAAGUCCACACGAUCAGAUGAUUGUGAGAGAUCACAGACAGAGUGAAGGAGUUUUGAGAGCACAAAUCUUCUGCAAGAAGCGGGAAAAAAAGGAAAUAUUUACGGAUGGAAUAGAAGGAUAGCAUUUAGGGAGAGAAUUAUAUUAUGAAACAUUUGAAAUUGGAUUUAUGAUAUAGAAAUUUAAUGGUAUAUAAAAUGUACGUAUGGAAAAAAAAAUUUAAAAGGAAAAAAUAUUACUAAAUAAAAUUUAUCAUCUUACAAUGGAGAUAAAAUGAGAAACAAAGCAUGAUUAUUAUUAUUUAUUCCUGGGUCGAAAAAUCUUUCUUAUUGUUUUGUGUUUAUACUUUUGUCACAAACUCUAAAGACAUUUUGUGUUGGAAGAAGGUAAGAAUGUUAUCUUUUCUUCUAUCAACUCAUCUUCUUAACACACUUUUUUUUUUAUUACACCGAUCUCUCUGUGCUUUCUAUCCUGUCAUAUUAUUUCCAAAUCCAGAGCAAUUAACGCUGUAGCGACUAAUGAAGUUAUUUAUUUAGCGCAGACGUUAGAACAAGAAAAAAAAGGAAAAUGAACAAAUAUGCUUAAUAAUCUUUCUCUUAUUGUAAUUAAUUGUACCAACCUAUAAUUGUAACAUGGACGAAAAGAGGAU